ACACCAUCGGCAUCACCAUUGUAUCGGCGGGUCUCCUUGAGGGUGAACUGGCCAGCACCAACAAUCUCACCAGAAGGGGUGACGUUGGCACCCUUGGGCAGAAGAGGCUUGCCCUCGAGCUUGCGGAGGUGGUUCUCAAGCUUGAUGCGGUUGCUGAGACCAAGGAUAGCGCGCUCCUCCUCAUCAGCGUCGUCUUCGGCAUCACCUAGGGCAUCGACACGGAGGCCUAGAGCGGCCUUGGCAGACAGCAUACGAGCGAUCUUACCCUUGUUUCGGCCGGUGGCCUGGCCAAUGAGUGAAGAGUGGUAGAUGAGACCAUACUUGGGUGUGUCGUGCUUGGUCUUGAGGGCGCGGAAGAGGGCCUUCUCGGCACCGAGAAUCUGAAUGGUGGAACCAGGAGACUUGGCCAAGCUGAUGAGAGAGCCAGCGUGGGCAAUGAGACGGGCACCGACGAGGUAGCCGACGAGAGCAGUCAGGUUGGGAGCGAUAGCGCGCAUGCGGCUCUCGAGGUACGAGGACAGCUGUGUUCGGUAGUUUGAGUAGACAAUGACUUGGUCAGCCAGGAGCUUGAUGUUGUCGAGAUCCUCAUCAGUGAUCUCGGUACCCAUGCUAAUCUCGGCAGCAGCUUUGAUGGAAGUCUCAAUCUCCUCGGGAAGGAUCUCGGAGAGGUCGCUAUCGGCAAUGUUGGUGCGCAUGCCAACAGCGAGAAUGACGCGAGCGUAAGCCAAGUUGUCGUUUAAGAUCUUGGCCAUCUCAGGGAAGUGCCAUCCGUACCACUCCUUGGUUCGCAUAGCGUAGACGUUGAGCUCCUUGUCGAGGUCGUCGAGAAGCUUGAUAGCCUGGAUGAUCAUGGAGUCGACCUUGUCGGCAGAGAACUUGAGCUUGUGGCGCGACAUGGAGUGAGAAAGACCCAGGGCCAUGCGGUCAAAGUUCUCCUCAAGCAGACCGGGGAUAAGGUUGGGAAGUCCACCUCGAAUGCCACGGAAGAGGUCCAUGGUAUUGGAGCCAGAAACAGGAGAAAUGUUUAGCGAGGGCAUGUUAGAGAUGGCAGUGCCCAGCUUCAUGUCGGCGACAGCGAGCGAAGCCUUCUUCUCGGACUUGAGGUCGUCGAGGAGCUGGGUGAGAAGCUCAGGGACCUUGCCCUCCUUGAGCGACGCAGCUUCUUCGAGAGCGGUAGCGGCGCUGUCGAACUUCACAAACUUCUUGAGCUUGAGCCUAUCCAGGGUAAAUAUGUCAGCAAGGUACUUGAUGGUAUUUCGCCAAUUGGCGAUAGUCCACUCUGCCAUUGAAGACAUUUUUGGAUGCUCAAUGGCUUGAGUUUUCGCAAGUAAAAAAAUGAUCAAAAAACUUACAUCUCGACCACCUUCUCAGGUCGUCCAAGCUCAGCAGCGAGUUCCUCAUUCUUGAGCAUCUUCUUGUCAGUAGCCUUAAACAGGCCAUAGCUGCCGAUUGUUAGCCCGGCUUCCUAGAUCUUCACCUGCCUCGCCAUCAUGAAUUGACGAUGGUCGAGGUCAAGAUCGGGAGUCGCGACUUACCCUGCCGGCGUCUCGGCAAGCACAAAGAGCGACAUUGUGAAUUAGUUUUGGUUCCUUCCUUCUGGUCUCGCUCUAUUCGAUUGGCGUCGUGGCUUCCUCGCGAGGCACAGUCCGGUCUGUUGUGCGCGGCUGCGAAAGGAAAGAUCGAGGGUGGGCUGGCGAUGGAAAAAUUUCAGAUGAAGCUUGGGAAGGCUCCACUCAAUUUUUUUGGUCUUGGUUCUGGCGCGGAAAGUGUGAUGCAGGUUCUUCGGCUGCCGGAGCUACUUGGCUCCGGUUUCUGCAUCAGGUACGUACCCCCAGCCACUGACUCCUGGCCACUCACGUGUCGACGCUCGCGACAGGAUGUCUGGGCAAGCUUGCGUCGCAGGCUGAGGUUUGUUAGGCGGCCAACUUAAACAAUCCAGUUAAUUCAUCGUCUCGGCCACGAAGACGCCCUAUAAUCCCCAAGACCUCAGAUACGAUAGACCAAGGCCGAACGAAUUACCACGAACGAGAAUCAAGAUGGAGGGUCUUCUCUACAACGUCAACGGCGGCUACGUCGAAGGAAUUGUCCGAGGCUACCGCAACGGUCUUCUCACAGGCGCUGCCUAUAAUAACUUGACUCAAUGCGAGACGAUUGAUGAUCUCAAGCUUCAGCUUGGCCCUUCAUAUGGCGAUUUUCUCGCUUCCCUACCACCUAACCCCUCGACUUCAGCUCUCGCAGCCAAGACCACCGACAAGCUCAUCUCAGAGUUCCGAUAUGUGCGUGCUCAAGCUGUCGGCUCCCUUGCGACCUUUAUGGACUACGUCACCUACGGCUACAUGAUCGACAACGUCGCCCUUCUCAUCACAGGAACCCUCCAUGAACGGGAUACCCGUGAGCUUCUUGAGCGAUGCCAUCCUCUGGGAUGGUUCGAGACUAUGCCGGUUCUCUGCGUUGCUACAAACAUCGAGGAACUUUACAAUAGUGUGCUUAUCGAAACCCCUCUUGCCCCAUACUUCAAGGGCAGUCUUAGCCACCAGGAUCUUGACGAGUUAAACAUUGAGAUUGUCCGAAAUACACUCUACAAGAACUACCUUGAGGACUUUUAUAACUUUGUCAACACUCACCCUGAGAUGGCCGGUACACCCACUGCUGAGGUCAUGUCUGAGAUUCUCGAGUUCGAGGCUGACCGCCGAGCCAUCAACAUCACACUCAACUCUUUCGGCACAGAUCUUUCCAAGCAAGACCGUAACAAGCUCUACCCCAACUUUGGAAAGCUAUACCCCGAAGGAACUCUCAUGCUCUCCCGAGCUGAGGACCCUGAGGGUGUUCGUCUGGCAGUUGAUGGUGUUCAUGACUACAAGUCUUUCUUUGACGCCAUCUCAGUCGGUGGCGGACCCUCGGGACCUGGAAACAUGGGCGGUGGCGCUGGUGAGACUAAGACACUGGAGGAUAUGUUUUACCAGAAGGAGAUGGAGAUUUCCAAGAACGCUUUCACCAGGCAGUUCACUCACGCCAUUGUCUACGCUUGGGUAAAGCUCCGUGAACAGGAAAUCCGCAACAUUACCUGGAUUGCCGAAUGCAUAGCCCAGAACCAGAAAGAGCGCAUCGGCAACUACAUCAGUGUCUUUUAAAUCGAGUAUAAGUAUUGGCAUCGUUUUCAUUUUUAGCAGGAUUUUGUGUAGUAUAGCAGCAACUGAGCUCGUAAUGGCACGGAUUAGUUCCCACACUGGCGCAAAGGACAGAUAGGUAGAUGCAAAAGGCGGCAUCGUCGCUCCAUCUUUCGGGUGGCUUGUAUUGUACAUAGAGAGAAACAAGUUAUUCUACAAAAUCAUCUCAGCUCCCGCUCUGUCUUUACAGCGAGAUCUGGCCCUUCCAUGUCGCAGGUGUAAGACCCAGCUUCUCAACCAUGUGAGUCCAUCGCUCACUUCCCCUCUCCUUACGGUCCAUGUACUUCAUAAGCUUUUGUCGACGGUGCAGCAAUAAUCUCAAGUUUCGCUUGUUGUGCUUAUCCUUGUAUCCUCUGUUGAUCUGCAGAGC